AUGGUUAAUAAAAAUGAAAACCAUUAUUUAAUAGACCUAGAGAGUAAGUAAACUAAUUAGUCGUUACUGGAAGUUUUACUAAUUGUUUAGAAAAAUAUACAAAGUCUGAUCCAACACCAUUAGAUAAUUUAUUAAAGAAAUAUAAUCUUGAAUCAAUUGCAAAAUCUUUAACUAGAGUUAAUCCUGAUGGUUCAAAAGGAGUUAAAUUAAGAAAAUCAUAUAAGAAUCACAUUCAGGAUCUACCUGGUAAACAUCAAAUAUCAUCAUCAAAACCAAUAUCACCAAAUUUGUUAGAUCCCCAAAUACUGGAAUUACCAGAUAUAAUAAACCCCUUAGAUCAAUCAUUACUUAAUCGAGCAUUAAAAUUUGAUAAAACUCCAAUAAAUGGUAUUCCUGGAUUUAAUAUAAGUGAUUUGGCAAUUAAUGACCAACAAGUAUCUAUUAGAAAUGAUGAUGAUGAUGAAAAUGAGAAAAAGAAACGUAAAAAGAAGAUUCAAAAUGGUAAUGAACCAAAGAGACAACAUGUAUAA